AUGCACGCUCAUGCUGGCAGGCUUGAGGAGACCAGCGCUGAGAGUGGUAAGAAAAGUUGCGGCAGUUUGUGGGCUCAGCUCUACGACUACUUGCCAGCCCUCCCCUGCCUCGACGGAGACGUCAGAGAGAUCGCUCUCGCGGCGCUAACCAGGGGAGUGCUGGUGGCGAAAUUCCAUUCUAAGAAUGGUCGUCGCGUCUCUCGUGUAUUGAGAAUUAUCAAAACUCCUCAGUGGGCGUCUAUCCCUCAUCAUUUCGUUUAUCAAGAGGAGACUUGCCCGGGAGGGGAUGACGUUCAAUGA